AUGACGGAAAGACGAGCCGAGAUUAAGAGCAAAAUAGCAGAUUUGCUGGCUAAAACCGGAGAACGAGAACGUUUACGUGAGUUCGUAGAGAAUCGUUUGAUUGAAACGGGAUGGAACGAGAAGGUAAAACAGGCUUGCAAAGAAUACAUCAGAACGAAGGGAGUGGACAAUAUUACGGUGGACGAGGUGGUGCAAGCCAUAAUGCCCGCCGCAAAGCAGAUUGUCCCCACAGAGCGCGAUAUUCUAAGCGUGUUUCUCACUAUCAGCUAA